GACUUCUUUUGAGGAAGGCGCAUGCGUUCACCAAGAUGGCGGAUAAGUUCUCACUCUCCAGUGGGCCAAGCUCUUUCAAAGCUGCGCCAUAUUAAAAAAUAUUGAAGAAAUAAAUUAUGGGUAAUGGAGAAGACGCAAGUGCCUUUGACGUUUGCGAACCAUAUUGAAAGGCAUUUGGAAAAGUUUUGUUGUCAAAGAAAGAUAGAGAGAAUCUUUCGGUGAAAAAUGGUAUCGAGGAGGAAGAUUCUAUCUCGAUCGAGGGACAAUCUCGUUGAAUCACAAUAUGAGGAUCAAGAUGAAGAAGAUGUGUGGUAUAAUCUUGAUAAACUUUACAAGGAUCAUAUUCAAGAAGUAUUGGAUAAAUGGAAUCAAAUCGAUGAUGAAAUUUGGGCCAAAGUAAUCGUUUUCGAAAGAAAUCGAAGAGUUGCAAAAGCAUACGCCAGGGCACCAGUUCUCACGAUCAAUGGAUCCAAUGAUGGAUUCGAUGGUUUCAGAAUAGGGUUAUGCGGCUUCGAAAAUCCUAUGAGGGAUCCGAAAACAGAAGAGGCGAAAAAACUCAUAAAUCAAGGAGUAAAGAUCAAAAUGGACGAACAAGGGAAUAUAUUAAUAAAAAGAUUAUGUAAAAAUAAUGUUUAUAUAAAACCGACCAGUCAGGAAGACAACGCAAUUGGAGCAGAAAUUGCACGGAAUUCUCAAGGAGCGUUAGAGCACGAAAAACCUGGGAAAGUAUUUGAUAUGAGUAAAUUUCAAACAAAUCUUUCUCGAGAAACUCGAAGAGCAUAUCCAGAUAGGAGAAGACUAGAAAUGCAAUGUCUAAGUGCAAUUGUUUUUGUUAGAACUGAAUUAGAUCUUCUUCAAUGUCCUGUUUGGGUUCUCAUUGUAAAUGUUGUCGGUUUAGACAUGUUGAAAUCUAAGUUACCACCAGUUUUAGCAUUACAAAGGCCGGUGGAUAUUAAAAAUCGACCUAGAAUACCAAUUCCUGAUGAAGAUCCAUAUAGUAUAGCAGGAGUUUCAUCUUCAAUUGGAGUUUCUGAAUCAUUUCAACAAGAUCGAGAUACUCGAGAUCAGAUCUAUAUUCAAUCAAUGAAUAGUAGACAAAAAAGAACUGAGAAACCUCCAAAAUUGCCACCAAGAGAAAAUCUUUAUAGUCAUGAUAUACCUAAACCUGAUUAUGAUGACAUAGAAGAUGACUAUGCCAGAAAAUCUAUAAUAACAAGUGAAGACAAGAGAAAUAAACAUGAUGACAAAAAGAAAUAUGACGAUCCGUAUUAUUGUGGAUUGAGAGCUCGCGUUCCUAAUUUUGUAAAAAUGGCAAAAAGUAAUAAAAUCUCAUCUAGAGGAUACUCCAGACCUACACAAGUACCUGUGUAUACUGGUACAGGAUAUACUAAUAGCCAAUCUUCUAAAAUUUAUGGCCAUUUAGGGAAUAGACCACCAAUUAUGUAUCACGCACGAAGUUUCGAAAGUGGACUUGAUUCAGAUAGUAGAAAUGAGUCACCAUAUAAUCAUAUAUAUGGAAGAUUUCCUAUACCAACUAGAGGUGUAAUUCCUCCUACGCCUAGAGCAAUGUAUAUUGGAGAAUGGGAUUAAAAAUAAAUUUAACAAAAAGGAUGUUAAUAUACAAAAAAAAAAAAAUAA